CAGACCACCAUGUCGACGAGCGAGUACAGCGCCAGCGCUAGCAACGAGACAUCCGGUAGCGGUGAGUAUUCCAUGUCGUCUGCUGGUGACUCGAACUCGUCGUCGUCAUCGUAUGACGGUGUCUAUGCCUACAAGUUCGACAUGAUCACCUCGGACAAGCCGCAGCGGCUGCCACGCGACACAGCCGUUCUCUUGGUCAACAUUGCCGCUCUAUGAGGGCUGACCGCCGAGCAGAUGCCGCAGCUCAACGAGCUGCAAACCAUGUUUGAGGACCAUCCUUUUACCGUCUGGGCCAUCCCGGCUAACCAGCACGGACUCCAGGAGAACGCUCGGGACGUGGAGAUCCUCAACAUGUAUCGGUACGUGCGACCGGGUAACGGCUACGAGCCGAACUUCCCGAUCACCACCAAGAUGGAUGUUGUUGGCCCGAACGGCGGCCUGAUGGCCGAGCUGGCUGCCCAGCUCCCGCUCAAGCCUGAGAACCCGAACCGCCGCUACCUGGUCGACACCACGCCGUGCGGCCUCAAGACCAAGAAGGUCUCGUCCAAGACCAUCGAGUGGAACUUUGGCAUGAUCCUUGUCGGGCCCGACGGCACGCCGCUCAAGCGGUACUACCCGUCGGUCAAGCCUACCGACGACGUCGUCGUGGCCGACAUCGAGGACGCGCUCGGCGUCAUCCUCAAGCGCAAGGCCAAGAAGGCCAAGAAGGCCAAGAAGGCCAAGGGCGGUAAGGCCAAGGGCGGCAAGGCCAAGGGCGGCAAGGCGAAGAAGUCCAAGGCUGGCGCCUCAUCGGCCGAUGACUCGACUGAUGCUGCCGAGUCGUCGAAUGCCAAGUCCAAGGCCAAGUCCAAGGCCAAGUCCAAGGCCAAGGGCAAGGCCAAGAAGGCCCGGCGCUGA